AGAAAAAAAGGUGACGUCACCGCCAGUUGUAUUAUUGUUUUUGUUAGUGGAUCUGAUUUGCAUUAUAUUGUUAAAGAUUAUUAAACAAUUUUCUUCACAAAGUAACUAAAAAAACUCUUUGUGAAAAUGUCCAUUCCAAUUCUGCAGGCGGAUGCCAAAAGAGGUAUGGAACAAUUGGGCAGUUUUUCUAAUGAAGAACUGGACACAAUUUUGAACAAUGAUGAAAAAAUUGAAGAAAUCAUUUCUAAUAUUGAAAAUUCUUAUUUGAAAGAAAUAGAAGAAGAAAAGGACAAUAUUAUAGCACAAAAUAAUUCUAUGGCAGAGUCCAAUUUAUCUAGAGAACCAGAAUUAGUUGAAGGUCGAGAAAAGCUCAAUUCUCAAUAUGAAGAGAUUACAAGACUGACAAAAGUUGUUGAUGAAAAGGCUGCAGAAUUGAGACAAAAAGGUGGUGACAUGUCAAUAGAAACAGCCUUAGCAUUACUUCGAACAGCUGCCAGUGAAAUGGAAGAGGAUUCAGAUAACUGCGCUAAAAAGUUCUUGGAUGGUGAAGCAGAAUUAGAAAGUUUCUUAGAUGAGUUCCAGAUUAAAAGGAAAUUGAUGCACAUGAGACUGGUUAAGGCAGACAAACUAUCUAAAAUCCUUCAAAGGGGAGAUCCAUCACUUGGACAAUCAGUGCCUAAUUAUAUAAAUGCUCCUCCAAUGGCCUUAAAUAGAGACUAUUUUCCUGGAGUGCCAGUAUCUCCUCCCAUGGGUGGAGUCCCAUAUCCUGUUGGACCAAUUAAUAUGCCAUUGCCUGGGUCUGCAAACUAUUUUCAGAACUUUGGAGGAUUAUAGACAAUUUUUUUGUAAGUUUCUAGAGCUCUUGUAAAAUUUUUGAAACUUUUGAUUUAAUGGCUCAUGCGAGGGAUAGAACCCAGGAAGACCAGAAAUAUAGGCCUUUCAGUCUAAACCCAGUGAACAUAAUAUUGACAUAUUGCAAUGCAGGAUGCCAUAUUUUAUUUAUAUUUAUUUAGUUGCACUGCAGUUCAUAUGCAUUAUUUACCUAAUAUUUUAUAUAUUUUCUUUGUAAAUAUUGUGAUUGAGGUAAUGAGAUAGCUUAUUCUUAUUAUAGAUAUUUUAAUUAAAUAUAACUCAUUUUUUUUAUUGAUUUAUUAAAACUUUGAUAAUAAAUGUUAACCAUUCUAUCACAUUAAUAAUCAUAACCACAAUUAAAACUUUAAAAUGAUAUGGAAUUUUAAAUUGAUGUUUUUUAGAAUUACAUUUGACUAAGUACACAAAAUGAGUGAUAAAAUGUAUGACGCCUAGUUAUGUAAAAUAAAAAGUAUAUUGCAUCAUGUUAAA